GGUAGAAUAGAAGCUGAACUGUUGUUCAUUGCGCGCCUUUGGAUUUAUUGGAUAAAUUUGACGGCAUUUGCAUUUGACACUUUUGCGUUAUAUUACAGUAUUUGAUUAUAUUAAAUGUUUGAUUUAAGUGUCGUUAAUACAGCUUGGCUUUUGUGGGUAGUUUGCGGGUUGAUUCAUUUUUCUCAUAGUGAAUGAAAUCAUUCAGUUCAGUGUAUGUGCGGUAAUAACAUGUCCGCUCCGCUACCCGCUAUUGUACCGGCCGCCCGCAAAGCCACCGCGGCGGUGAUUUUCCUCCAUGGGCUUGGAGAUACAGGGCAUAGCUGGGCUGAAGCUAUGGCUGGGAUUAAGACACCUCAUGUGAAGUACAUUUGCCCUCAUGCACCAGUAAUGCCAGUGACCCUUAACAUGAACAUGGCAAUGCCUUCAUGGUUUGAUAUCAUUGGAUUGAGUCAGGAUGCAGAGGAGGACGAGACCGGAAUCAAAAAAGCUGCAGAGAGCAUCAAAGCCCUCAUCGAACAGGAGGUGAAGAAUGGAAUUCCGUCUAAUCGGAUCAUACUGGGUGGUUUUUCACAGGGUGGUGCACUUUCUCUUUAUACAGCUUUAACAACUCAACAAAAACUUGCAGGUGUUGUUGCUCUAAGCAGCUGGCUGCCUCUCAGAAAUACUCUUUCAAAGUCAGUCGUCCGUGCUAAUAAGGAAGUUCCAGUUCUACAGUGUCAUGGUGAGGCAGAUCCUCUGGUUCCACUGAUUUUCGGGUGUCUCACAGUGGAGAAACUCAAGACCAUGCUAAAUCCCAACAACAUCACAUUUAAAACAUAUCCCAGGAUGCCCCACAGUGCCUGCCCAGAGGAAAUGAUGGAUAUAAAACAAUUUAUUGAGAAGCAGCUUCCUCCAAUCAACUAAUCGGUUAUUCCCGAGUUCUGAUUUGUACUGAUUAAUAGGCACAAACCUUCUCUAGCUGCUGUUUAUUCAUCCCACUAAACAGAAGGUGCCUAAACUGAUUGGAUUUCAAAUUUGGGACUAACCCUAAUAUUACCAAUAUUGUAUUGUUUUAAUGCCUGGAACCAUACUGCAGUGGCUUCUAGCUCUGGUUUUGGAGUACUGCAACCCUGUACAGUUAUGGCACUCGUCUAAUUUAUUUUCUACCCUAAAACAGUUUCUAGUAGGCAUGUGUGAACACUCUGAGGUUGGGGAUUUGAAGAUCGAGUUCCUAGUUUUCAUAAACGCAACAAUAGCAGCGAUACUCCAGGACCAUGCUUUGUGACCUUAAAACCAUGAAUUUAGCCAAGGAUAAUGUUGUCAUAGUAACCUUUGACUUUUUACUAAAGCUGAGGUUUGGUCUCACAAACUCAUCACAUGCCAAAGUUUUGAUAAUUGACUAGGGCUUUACACUAACUUAUUCUACAAGUCAUCUGAUUAUACAUGUUUAGUUAACAAUAAAGGGCUUAUAAUGUCUGUUAUAAAUAAAAGACUUGAAUGAU